AUGUUGAGCAUCGCUACAAUGUCGGUUCUGGCGAUAACGAUCGUCAUCGCUGUUUUGUUGACGAUGAUUCUGAUUCUUCUGAUGGUCAGAUGGAUCAGACCACGAAGAGAACAAUCGAGAAGAAGAAGUCGUGAAUCCAAGAGACAGAGACUCUCCGAAAAUCCUUCUGAGUUCAGCAAUUACAGCGAAGUCUCCAAUGCUUCCAACAUCCUCGUCGCCGUCGAUGACGUCACCAACUACACAAACCGCUACGAUGUUAUUCUCAUCAAAUCCCGCGAAGUCGACCGUACGAUUUCCCUCCUCGACCUAACUUCGAACUUCCACUCUUCCGGCGCCGGAACGGUUACUACUAUUACCAACAAAUUAGCGGCCAAGCCACCGCGAAGCCUGAAACUACUCCUCAAUGUUUCAUACGUUCGGCGCGUGAAUCAAAGAAUCCUCUCGACCAUGAGUUUCAUCAACAACGGCCGCGGCAAUUAUCUAAUGAGCCUCUUCGAAAUCCAACAUUUUUGCUACACAAAGGAGUCUUUCGACGAACAAAGCCGCCAUCAGCCGAAAUGGAUCCGCGAAGUUGCUCUUCGAGACCGCCCAUCGACGUCGUUUUUCGACUCCAUUUUCUCAAGUCGGACUAAUUCAAACAAUCGAAGUGAGCUUUUUGGCGAAACGAAAAGUUCUUCUCAAAUAGCUAUUUUUAUUCCCGGCGAUUUGGACCGAGAAACUUCAGGAUUAUCAGGAGAAUUGGCAAAAAUGCGGCAAAACGUCAUGAAGCGUCAGGAAAAUCUUCAAUCGUGCACUGACGAGACUGAAAAAAUGAAGGAAAGUGCAAGUCAAUUUCAAACAAAUGCGAAGCAGCUCAAAGAAAAGUUCAAGACGAAAAAAUGGUUUCAGCUUUGA